AAGCCGCAAACUGCUGAAACGCACUUUGCUUUCAAGCCUCCACCGCGGAAGAAGUUCUCGUUGUUGACGGGAACCCAACAGUUUACAAACAAUUUCCAGUGGCAAAACGCAGUGAAAACUUUAGAAUUUUUGUGUGCAUCACAUCGGACUGCAACUAAAGUUUAAUCAUGCCAGACUGGAGAGAUCGUGACGAAUCCGAGCGCGGAUACGGUGGUGGCAGCUCCGGCUACGAUCGGGAGCGUCGGGACUACCGUAGCGGCGGCAGCAGCUACGGAAGCGGUGGUGGCGGUGGAGGCGGUUAUCGCUCGGGUGGCAGCGGCGGCGGUGGUAGUGGUGGUGGAUACGGCAGCCGCGACGGCGGAUACCGCUCGGGCGGUGGAUUCCGCAAUGGUGGCGGUGCCGGCGGACCCCCACGUGGACCACCAAGGAUCGACCCGGCCACGGCCAAGACGGAAACGUUCGAGGUCGACGCCGAGAAGGUGAAGUUCAUCAUUGGACGCGGCGGCAGCAAAAUCCGCGAAAUUCAGGACCGCUGCCGGGUGUCGGUGCAGAUAGACAAGCAGCGCAACGAGAACGGCCAGAACAAUGUGUCGGUGAUGGGAGAUCAGUCGAACAUUGACCGGGCGCGAGACAUGAUCGACCGGAUCAUCAAUGACGACCGCGACCGGGAGGAACAUCACCGCGACUAAAGUGGAUGGAGGUGGGCAUGUUGUUCAUGUCAUUCGUUCAACCACCCCUCCCCAAUCCUACCCAGAGCGGGAAAGUGGUUCAACGUUCAACGUGUGCGAUCUGUGGUCCGUCGCCUAAACUCAAAGGCUUAGGUUAAGAAAGAACAGUUUUAAAAUUACAGCAAACGACAAAAUAGGUUCGAUUUAACAAACAACAUACAGCUGAAUAACAAGGAGGAGUAAAAGAUUUGCAUUUAUAAUUUCCCAUUACCCUGAUAUAAACAUUUAAACCAGACGCAGAAUUCGGACGGUGUAGUACCUGUCGUCACGAAAACUGGGGACAGCUUCCAUUUAAACUUAAACUAAUCGAAAAGAUUGAAAACUCGAGGACGACGAAGAAGGAAUUGUGUGAAUCACUAUGUGAUUAGAGGUACUUCUCGAUAUAAAUUGUCUGAAAUAUUAUUUGUGUUUGUCACCACACCUUUAAUGAUGAUGAAAACGACGAAGGAUACAGUCAGAAAAGUACUGGGCGCGAUAUCUUAAACGUGUAGGGUGACAAAAUGUAAAUACGAUUUUUAGAAAUUUAUAUUUCUAAGACUACCGCUAGUAAACAGAGAGGUUAGAUUCCGUUGAAAUGUGAAUGCGGCUCAUGGAACGGUGUAUUAAACAACGGAACAAAACGGAUAACAACACUACUAAACUACUUGAGCCAAGACUACUAAGCAGCAAACUGAAACGCGUUCAAUGACGGUUCGACCUGAAUGCAGCAGAGAAUUAACGGUCGACCAUACACACAUAACACGGCAGGAGUAACACAGCAGAAGAAAUUGAUGUAGAAUACAAAUGUUCAUUUUUUACUUUUAAGGAGUUGCAAAACCAUUAAAGCUGAAACUGGUCGAAAAAAUCUACAAAGUA